AUGGAGGGUGGCGGCCUGUUCACCAGCGGAAAAGCUUACGGUGGUGUGGUGAGAGAAGACAUCGAUCCUUCCAUUGUUGGCCUCCAAAGUCGGCUUAUCGGAGUGUUAACCGUUGUUGGACCACCGUAUUGUGUUGUUUUGGUUACAAUGGAUGUCGACGGGUGUGAUGAAGUAGUGGCGGUGAUGUCCAGUUCAAAUGACAUCAUAGAUCUUAUUGGGAUUCCCCGUGUUUCACUAGCCUCACCGGUGUCUUAUGUUGUCAUGUUCAAGGUUGAUGAUGUGUGGUUUUUGGUUGCUUGUGGUCACACACUGGAUGGCGCUAAAUGA